AGCACCAUGGCGGGGACUUCAUGAUCAGGAGAUGAAGACUGUUUUUUCAACAAAAGCAGCUCUGUUUCACCAGGUAUGGACGAAUUUACCUUCCAGAAACGUUUGGUCAUAAAUAAUAGUGCGUCCUACGUCUCUUUCUACUUUCUUGUUCCGCUUAUGUCCGUGAUAAAAUGUAGUCUUGUUUAUCAAUGCACAAGCAAUCACUUUGGCCGGUACGCCAUACGGUGUAUGUCUGGUAAACUUAGUUCGUUUUAUGUCAGCUGACCCAAACAUUUCAUGAAAAAUAAUGAAGUGCGAAUGGUUGCCGGUGAUUUCUUUUAUAAAAUUUGAAUUUUCCGAUCGCCUUUUGUUUGCAGAAAAUAUUUGUGUAGUUCAUUUGAAAUUGCAAGUCGAUUCUGUUUUUGUCAGAUCAGAUCAAGUUGAAUCGUGCUGUCGAAAGGAUCGAUGAAUAAGAUUUGUUUCACUACAUUUGGUUUAUUACCCUUUUGAGAGACGUGCUCUCUUUUCUAGUGAUGCUGGUAAAGAUCAGAAGGAAUUAUGACGACAAACUUUACCUAGAUCAUGACGGAUACCACUUGUUUGCUCACCGCAUGUUUGGGUCGUAGUUUUGAAUGUCGAAUUUAUUGUUACUUUUUUCGACACAUACGGUCUUUUGACCUUAAGGACAAUACAAAAACCCUGUAACAACUCGUUAGUUAAAAUCGGCAUUCAAAAAAAAAUUUUCUGAAGGAUUCCUUCAGUUGGUUUUAGUCGUGUUUACCAUGUACAAUUUCGAUUUUCUUCAGUAUGCCAUUCUCACUAAACAGUAAAUUAAUUAAUUAAAUGAAAAAUUAAAAACUGAAUUUAGUGAUAAUUAAUUAAGUUCUUCUUGUCUGGUUUUAUCAGGAAUAGGAAUAAACACUUUUAGGAACUUUGUCCAAAAAGAUGGCUUCCUUAGCAGGAUUUCAGUACACUCCGGAGAACAUGCAAAGGCUGGAAAAGGUGACAUAAACUUGAUCUUUUUUUCAAAUGUGAAGUCAAAAUUCUAGAUAGGUUUUCAAAUUUUUUGGCCUGUUUAUGGACAAAGACAUUGUCAUGGUUUGAUAUCAGUUAAUAUUAAAUUUUAAAAGCAAGCUUCAUGAAAAAAUUGAAUUUACCUGCACCUUUGUCUCUAUGACCUUUGACAGACAAAAUCUGUUUUAUUUUUACUGGUACCUUAAUUGAUUAAAUUAAAGCAACACAAAUCUUUCAUUCUCAGGCAUUGCAAACUAUGCAAGAUAGAGGAAUGGAGUCAGAUCCACGCUAUGCGCAGUUGAUGUCAUUGCUUAGAGCAAAACCUACAUCUGUUGACAUGUCAGAUGCUGGCCAUGGCCUUCAACUUCCUCCUCCUUCAAUGCAGAUGGGUAUAGGAAAUAUACCACCAGGGACUGGAAUGGGAGGAGACAUGCAAACAAGAAGUUCUCCAGCUCCAAAUUUGAUGUCUCAAGCUUCGCAGAAAGCUCACGGUUUCUCCUCUCCACAGUUGUUACAGCUCAGAGCACAGAUCAUGGCUUACAAACUCUUAGCUCGUAAUCAGCCUCUUCCUGAACACAUACGUAUUGCCAUUCAAGGCAAGUCACCGUCUGUUAAACCAGCAGGGUCAAGUAUGCCCAGUAGUACAGUUCCACCUCAGUCAAGUCAGUUACCUUCUAGGACUCAGAAUCAACCUGGAAAUCAGUCAGCAACUCAAAGUCAGGCAAAUAUUGGUGCUGGAAGCUCUACAACAUCUCCUGCUGGUCCUGUGCCUAAUCAGACAGCUUAUAAUGUCCCUGGAAUGACAGCUGGUAGGGUGCUAUCUCAAUUAAAUUAAUUGCAAUUAAUUUUGUUCUUUGACAAAAGGAUGAAUCUUUGAAAUAUAAAUAAGGUGAGUUUCAAUUCCUCAUUGGGACUCAAGUUUCCUUAAUCAUAUGCUUGCACCUACUGCAAGAAUCUAUCUUCUGCCACUAAGCUGAAAAUUUAUUGCCUUCAAUGCUCUGCAUCUAUUUCUGUUCAGGAGGUCUUUAAGUUUUCUAAGCCUGUAGCAUUCUAAAGGACACUUGUCAGACAUGAAUCUACAGGGAUGGGUGUUCAUCAGGCAUCAGUGAUUCAUUGUCCUGAGCUGUCUUCUAUGUGUUUUGAAUUCUCUUGUUACUUCACACUUUCACUUCUUAACCCUUUCACUCCCAAGAUCUUAUGAGUAAUUCUUGUAAUAUUAGUUUGGAGAAUUUGGUAUAGGAUUAACUAAUUAUCCCCUAAUUGAUAUUUUUCUUUAUUCACAUCACUUUUCUGCUUGAUUUUUUAUUUAUAUUGUACUGAGAAAUUCUGUCUUGGUCACUCGUUGGAGUUUAAGGGUUAUUGAAGACCAUCUACUCAGCCUAGUACAGGGUCUGGCUUAUUCACAGAUUCUCUGUUGUGGCUGAGUUGGUUGAGUAUCAGAAUUGGCUUGAAUCGGGUUUGAAUCAUAAUUCACUGAAACUCAACAUUAGUUUAUGACAAUUUUAUCUUCUUUAACCAGCUCAACAGCUACAGAGCAAACAGGCGGUAGGAACCAGCCAAUCAACAACACCUGCAUCAUGGGAGGCAGCCAAAGGUGCGGCUGCCAGUGCUAUUGCAGCAGCAACUCAGCAGCAUAAGCUUAAAGAGCAGCAACGGCAAGCACUUGCACAGCAACAGCAACAGCAGCAGCAACAACAACAGCAGCAGCAGCAGCAGCGCAAGGCACAGACCCCAGGAACAUCUCAAGGAGGGAUACAGAUGCCUAGUAAGCCUCGCUUGGCACCAGUGGCUAAACCUGUUGGACUUGAUCCUGUUACUAUUCUGAAAGAAAGAGAAAACAGGUAUGACUGCUCCCAGCUUUUGUAUUAACUGAUUUGGAGUUGAAGUUAAAGCCAUUAGAGGGUUCAGCCAACUAUUUAAGGCAUUGACUCUGAUGAGGCUCAGAUGUUCAGUCAAGAUUGACAGUAAAAUAUGAUUGGUAACAAAGCCAGGUUUCUACUUGCAUUAACUUACACCCUUUUCCUCGUACAUGUAAUCUAAAAGAAAACCUAGUGGGUAAAGAAUAAUACUGAUAUUACAUUACAUAUAUAUAGUUUAAGCCCUUUUUCAUAGCAAAUUCUUUUUAUGAAUUUUUAGUCCUUAAAAAUCACUUCAAAGGGCAACUUGCAUCUGUACAUGUAAUACAUACAGCAGGUUUUCACGUCAGUGACACAGAGAGGUACAGAUGUACACAUCUGCUGUUUUUGUAAAAUUUCACAUGAUUUGAUAAGUAGUCAUUCUGUACAUUUUUUUUUGGGAGGGAAAUGAUUGUAUCUCAGAUAAUUUUGUUUAUUCCUUAUGGUGGUUUAGUUUUUUGACCUUACUAAUCAAUAAUUGAGGAUGGAUUUAUCUGAUAAAUAACUUUCUUUUGCCUCCGUUGUACUGAGUACACUGUGAUGAAUUUUAAUUCACUUUUUUGACAAGAAUUGUGCAUGUAACUCUUGCACAGGAAGCAUGUAAAUCGUUUGUAAUUUACUAAAGUGUAACCCACAAUAAUAUUUCUUUGUACAUCUUCCUUGCAUUAUUUGUUCAGAAUACAGGCCCGUAUUGUACAGCGCAUCAGGGAUCUGGAAGGUCUACCAGGGAGUAUUCCUGAUGAUCUGAGAAUGAAAGCAAUGAUUGAAUUGAGAGCACUCAGGCUGCUUAACUUCCAGAAACAGGUUUGCUUACAAGAGUAUUGUAAUGUUUUGUGGAAAGAAGUGUUGCCGCUAAGUGUUUCACAUACAUGUAGCCACUAGCUACAGUAUGUUAAGAUUAUAACCACUGUUAAACUAGACUUAAAAUAAUUUCCUUUAUUCUUGUGACAUUAAUGUUUGAUUCAUUGGCAAUACUAUAAGGAGAAACUAGAAUCAAGUCACUUUUGGGGUGUGAAGGGUUAACAGAAGGUUUUGACAAAUCAAUUUUUUUUCUUUGUGAUUAGUUAAGAGCAGAAGUUGUGGCCUGCACAAGGAGAGACACUACAUUGGAGACAGCUCUUAAUUCAAAGGCAUACAAACGAAGUAAAAAGCAAUCCCUGCGUGAGGCAAGGUAUGUUCGAUACCUGCAAUUUCUAUCAUCAUCUUGGUAUUCUUUAACAUGACAGGAUAUAACACAGGAAAUACAAUGUGUAAGGUUUAGAGCUGAAUGAUCAGAGAUACAAGUACAAUUUGUAUGUAUGACAGGAGGGUAUGGAUAUCAAUAUGUACACACACACAAAAAUAAAAGAUAUAAAUAGGAGGCAUUGUUUAAGAUGUUUGUAAACUGUCCUCAAGCAAUUAAAAUAAUCUCUAUACUGAAUUUUUCAUGUUUUGAGAAUACAUUAUUAUUAUUACACAUUAUUGCAAGACUGACUUUGCUAAAUCAAUGUUAUCUUUGAAACACUACAAUUAGUUGUCUAUUGUCAUGUCCACACUCGGUCUUUAUUAGCUUCUGUUAAGAAUGUGCAAGUUCUUUCUUUUGAUAUAACCAUGGAUCAUUCUUUUUGUCCUUCAGGAUUACAGAGAAACUUGAAAAGCAGCAGAAGAUGGAACAAGAACGCAAACGUAGACAAAAGCAUCAGGAGUACCUGAACACAAUAUUGCAGCAUGCCCGUGACUUCAGAGAAUAUCAUCGUUCCAUCCAGUCCAAGGUGGUGAAGCUUAACAGAGCUGUGAUGAGCUAUCACUCCAUUACAGACAGAGAGAAGAAGAAGGAAGAGGAGAGGAUUGAGAAAGAGAGAAUGAGGAGACUUAUGGUAUGUUUUUGUCUGGUCUGUGUUUAACCCUUUAACUCCCAUGAGUGAUCAAGACAGAAUUUCUCCUUACAAUAUCAAUACAAUAUCAAGCAUAGAAGAGAUGAGAAUAUAGUAAAAUAUCAAUUAGGGGAUAAUUGGUUGACCCAAUACUAAAUUCUCUGAACUAACAUUAUAAGAAUUGUAUGGCAGACAGUAAGGAGAAUUGCUAAUGAGAUCUUGGGAGUUAAAGGGUUAAUGCCAAAAUCAUUUAUAUGGAAUGUUUGAUUUGAAAUUACAAUGUUAUGAGUCUGCUAAAGAUGGGUAGUUUCAAAGAAACUUCAGAUUGAUAUGAUUUCAAAUUAGGUUGAAGUGCUUAAGUUCUUAAGAAAUCUUUUUUUCCAUAUUCAGAGGCAAACUCAGAGCAGUAAAAAGGUUUUUUCAUUUGUUUCAUUAACACAAUUGUACUCACAUUCACAAAUGGAUUUCAUGUUGCUGUGCAUCAGAAGUAGAUCACAAUUUUCACCAGUGAAUGGUUUAAACCAAAAAUUGGCACAGAAGAGGUAGCUGAGAGUGUCACUAAUGUUCUUACUACAUGACCUCUUCUGUUUUUUAUUACUGUACCCAGCUUAAAACUUACUCUCUCUCUUAUUUCUAUUUACAAUCAUGAUGCUAUUGACAUUGCUGAUCCUAGCAGUAUGCAGGAUGCGUGUCAUAUGAACUUUGUAAUAGACUUUGCUCACUGUAGAGUCUCUGUGGCUCAAUGGUAGAGCAUCGGAGCACGGAAUCUGAUUCCUCACAGGGACUCAGAAUUUUUUCUUUGUCCCACGCUUGUGACAAGAUGAAAAACAUCUUGAUUAACCUAGACUCUCUUUGUGUAAUAUGAUAACAAAGCAAACAUUUGUUUAUGGUGACAUCAUGUAUGCAUCCAUUCUCCAAUACACAGUAGAUCAUAAUUAAGAACCAAUCAUGAUGUGUGUAAUUCAGCUCAUCAUAUGAAUGAUAAUGUAAACAGUACAUGGUGUUUUGUUGUGACUAUAGGCAGAAGAUGAAGAAGGCUACAGAAAACUGAUUGACCAAAAGAAAGAUAAGCGUUUAGCUUAUCUCCUGGGACAGACUGAUGAGUAUGUAGCCAGUCUUACAAAGAUGGUACAACAACACAAGAGAGAACAGAGAAAGAAACAGUUGAAAGAAAACAGGAAAAGGAGAAAGUCUGACUAUGAUGAUGAUGAGACACCAGAGGGUAACAGGCAUGUGCCUGUUGUUGAUACAGAGACUGGUUUGGUGCUUAAAGGAGAAGAUGCCCCCAUAGCUGACAAUCUGGACUCGUGGCUGGAAAGUCAUCCAGGGUACGCAAGGUUUUCGUUAUUAAAUGUACAUGUAGUAGCUGUGGAAGUAAGAAGAGGAUAUUCUCUCUGUCUGAAUCAUGAGUAGCUCAUACUGUUGAGGUAGAGAAUUUUCCAAUCUCUAAUCUCAAGCAAAAGGUUCAUUAUUGUUGCAAAUAGUUUAGUCUGGCAGGUAUGUCACCAUUGUGGUCUUUGAUGGAUAUGUUGCACUACAUGGAUAUCUUCUUGUCCCAAAGAAAAAACAUGAAGUUGUGGAGAGCUGUUAAAUGCUGACAGUCUAACCAUCAAUUAUGAAGAAUUGUAAAUCUCAUGUCCAGUUUCUCUUUUGUUAUUUACCAGGUAUCAAGUGGCUCCUCGUCAGGAACAGGAAUCUGAUGAUGAAGAAGAAGAAGAGGGAUCAGUUGAGGAUGCUGAAGGUGAUGACGAGGUUGAAAAAGAAGCAGAUGAGAAGAAAACCGAGAAAGAAAAGAAGAGAGAAGAAUAUGGCAAAGAUGAAGAAGAUGUUGUGGAAGAGUAAGUAUUAAGUAUAGAGUUUUAAUGAGAGUGAUGAUAAAUAAAUUAUACUGAUUGCCUCUCUGCACUUUGUUGUAUAUUUUUUGGCCUAAAGACAAUGCUGUCUUGGAGAUUAAUUUGAUUCUUUCAGAAUUUAUAUUGUUUUUUGUAAGAUCUGUACCCUUCACCAUAGAUUUCUGUUGCCCACAGAGCUGAUGAUCCAACUGUUCUGGAAAGCCGUCAGUAUUAUCAAAUUGCACAUAGCUUUCAGGAGGAUAUCACUGAGCAGCCAACUAUUCUUAUCGGUGGAAAACUCAAAGAAUAUCAGGUAUCUUUUUUUUUUUUAUAUAAAAUAUUAUCCAAUACCAUAAAAUCAUAGGUGUAACACUCCUUCAAUUGCUUUGAUUCAGUUGUGUUACAGGCUGUGUAUGUGUAGCCAAAGUCAACCACUUUAUCCUUAGUUGUACCUGCUUAUCCUCCUAAGUAUUUAACAUGCAUUUUUAUUUCGAUGUUCGUUCUGAGAACUCAAUGUUUAUUAGGUGUCUUGCCUUUGUUUCCUGUAAUAUAUAUGGCCAGAUUAUAAUUUAUAAAGGAAAAAAAUGAUAAUGAAAAUUACUUUUAACCCUAAACAUGUUUUAUAUACUGUAGGCUAGUAGGGCUGAGUAAAUCAAUGAUUUCCAAAUAAUUCAAAUAAAACAUGCUCUUUAACCUUUUACACCCUCACAUCAUUAUGCAUACUCUUCACACUGUUCUUUAUACAUUUCCUAAGGCGCUGACAAGGAGAAUUUGUUUGCUAGUCAAAAGGUUCCUUCCCUGCUGACUAUCUCCUUUAUUCUCAUGACCUUUAUGUGUGAUUCAGGAGUGAUAUUGUAGGGAGAAAUUAGAUGCUAUUCACUCUAAGGGUUUGAAGGGUUAACAUACAAUCACUUGGAGUGCACAUGUACUCUGUACUUAAUGGAGUUCAAAUGUUAUAAUGUCACUGCAUUACUUUGUAUACAGGAAAAUAAAAUUUACAGCUCAAAUUGUUCUGGGCUUAUCUGAUGCUUAUAAAUAUUGCCUUCUUUUCAGAUGCGAGGUCUUGAAUGGCUGGUCUCAUUGCACAACAAUGCUUUGAAUGGUAUCCUUGCAGAUGAGAUGGGUCUUGGAAAGACUAUUCAGACAAUUGCCUUGUUUGCCUACCUUAUUGAAGUCAAAAAGCUCAAUGGACCAUUCCUUGUUAUUGUUCCUCUUUCGUAAGUACAGUGUUUGCUGCAGAAUCUUGUGAAGUGUUUUUCUUUUGUUUUAUUUUUACUGAUCACUCCUGAUUUGUGUGAUCUACAGGACACUCUCAAACUGGUUGUUGGAAUUUGAGAAAUGGACACCUUCAAUUAUUGUCGUAAGCUACAAGGUGAGACAAGAUUUCCCAAAAAGUUCUGGUUACCCAACUGUUGGUCCUGUCUGGAGCUUGAACCCUCAAACUCGUGCAUGGCAGUCCAGUGCUCCUCAACCUGAGUGAUCCGGGUGGCUAAUCAUUCAGAUAAUGUUUUCUUGCAGGGUUCACCCAACAUGCGUCGUUCAGCUGCUUCUCAAAUCAGAGGAGGAAAGUUCAAUGUUGUACUUACUACUUAUGAGUAUGUGAUGAAAGACAAGUCAGUCCUCUCAAAGGUAGGCUACAUUCUGCUGAGAGUUAAGAUUUGGGUUAUUUUUCUCUUAGUCAAAAGUAUUGACCAAAAGUUUCUGAAAUUUUGGGAAUUUAUUUUGAGCCUAUCUAUUUAUCCUGUGAGUAAUUAGUUUUUUUGUGUGUGUGUGUGUGUGCGUGUGUGUGCGUGUGUGUGUGUGCGUGUGCGUGUGCGUGUGCGUGUGCGUGUGUGUGUGUGUGUGUGUGGUAUGUAAUGAAAGAAAGGAGUUAUUUUGUGUUUUAUGUGAAGAAAAGAAGAUUUACUUUAAAGUAACCUCAGAUGCUCUUAUUGCUAAGAUAUCUUGGCAAAUCAAAUUUACUCAAAAUUAUUUUGUUCAAAAUAAGGUGCGCUGGCGAUAUAUGGUGGUGGAUGAGGGCCACAGAAUGAAGAAUCAUCACUGUAAAUUGACACAGAUCCUAAACACACAUUAUGCUGCACCUCACAGAGUGCUGUUAACUGGGACUCCCUUACAGGUCUGUUUCUUUGUUUUUACAAGGUUAAGCCACAUUUUACCCAUGGCUGUAGCAAUGCUGUCCAUCAGCAAGUUUUUUUCCUGACCAUUACCUUUGCUUACUUCUAAGUGCAGGCCACUCAUACAAAUGAUAUUAUAGGACUGGCUUGAUGUUUCUAUUUUUUAAUACCUAGACAUUUGAACUCUGUCAAAUAUGGUGAUAGUAAGUCCUAUCUUCUAUACUGCACACUUUUUAAGACCUGUCAGGAAACUAACGUGUAUGUCAGGUGUCGGAGGUGUGCAACACUAAACCAGGAUUUCGCUAACACCAUUAAAGAUCAAUUCUUGAUGAGUGGGGUUUGAUAGUAGAACCUGGAACACCACUGUACAUAAAUAACAAGUAUUACUGACAAUUACACAGACACUAAUAUAUAGAUUUAGCCAAGCCUAAAAGCAGAGCUUGCAAUUUUUUUUUCCCCACUCGUCUCAAGGGCACAACACCUUGCCCCAUCCAGGACUAGAACGUGGGUCGUCCAACUCAGAGCCUAGUGCAUUGGCCACUUGACUACUGAACAAAGCCAUGGCAUUGGUGUGCCCAUGGUACAGUUGACCACACAUGUGUACAGUCGUACAGUUGUACAUCCAAAUUUUUUUGGCUUGAUGGGUUACUACUAUUUUGUACAAUUAUGGGGCUAAACUCUGCAAGCUCUGCUUUUAAAUUUAAUGACAGUCCUGGUUUUCUUUGAUUUUUAUUGUUUGUUUUGUUUUUCUGAAUUUCUCUGGUUUUUUUGUUUUCUUAAACUUUAGAAUCGUCUGCCAGAGCUGUGGGCACUAUUGAACUUCUUGCUUCCAACAAUCUUCAAGUCUUGCAGCACUUUUGAACAAUGGUUCAAUGCACCUUUUGCAAUGACUGGUGAAAAGGUAAAUACAUGUACAUUAUCAAUAGUAAUUCUCAAACUUUCUUCUUGUUGUCCAUUCUAUUGGAACCCAUCAUUUGUAUUUACAUGUAUUUGAAUACAUUGCUUUAAUUUCCACCUUUGUGUAUUUUGUGGAUGUAGGUUGAACUUAAUGGUGAAGAAACCCUUUUGAUUAUUCGCCGUUUGCAUAAGGUGAGUUGUUAACUUGGUAAUGUAAAAUCAACCAUCCUUUAAAAAGGAUUUCUUUAAGAAAUGUAAUAAUGAUUAUUUUCCACAUUCAAAUGAGGUUCAAAAUCUGGACAAAGAAUUCUCGUCCUUAAUGCAAUGAACACCCUCUUAAAACCUUUUUGUGAGAGACAUACUUGUAGAAAUAGUGUUUCCUCAAAGUCAAACAACCAACUUUCAAUUUGUUUUCAAAAGGUUUUGAGGCCAUUCUUGUUGCGUCGUCUCAAGAAGGAAGUAGAAUCACAGCUACCAGAAAAGGUAUGUUCAUGUAAAUGGCACCAACAAAAAAACAAAAAAACCAAAAAAAAAAAAGGAAAAAAGAUUUGAAACAUCUUUUGUUUGAUGGUCUAGCAUUCAACACAAGAGGACUGGAAAGACUUCCUACUUGUUCAUUUUAGCUUUUACACUCCCAGAAAUGACUGAGAAGGAAUUUCAUUUUACAGAUUUGAUACAUUGUCUGAUGCAGAAACUUGAUGAGCAGAAAUGGAAGUAUCAACAGAGAAUAUUUGUUUGAUUUAUAUGUAGCAUCAAUUCUCAAGCUAAAAUGACAAGAAAAUUGUAGCAGAUAGUGGGAAGAAUUUAUGUAGAGAUCUUGGUGGCAAAAGCAUUCAGCAAUCCAAGAUAUUUUUUGUCCAUUUGUAAAAAAAAAGUGUUGGAAUCAAAACUUUCCUUGCCUAACAUACAUGUAACAUUUUUUGUCCCCAUAACAAGGUGGAAUAUGUUGUCAAAUGUGACAUGUCAUCACUUCAGCGUAUUCUUUAUAACCAUAUGCACAAGGCAGGAGUACUGUUAACGGAUGGAUCAGAGAAGGACAAAAAGGUCUGUGUAUUCACUGUUGUGUUACAUAUGUUAUUUGGGGAGAACUGCUGCACUUAGGCCUUACUUAGUAAAGUGGAUUUAUGAGGAUGGACAGGAAAAAUUAAAUACACACUGAACUACUCAAUCUUUAAAUCCACAUAACAUGUACAUGUAGUUUUGUCUACAAAAACCUUGUCAGUUGGUAUUAAAUGACCAAGUGGUCGUAGAUAGAACUAGUGUGUAAGUUAUGGAUCACACAGUUAAGUAUGUAAGAAGCAAAGAAAUAAGUCAUAAUUUAUAUUUAUGAAGUGAUGUUUUGUUUCCUAAAAGUUAAGAGCAACUUUAUUCAAAAUACAUUAGCACACUGUUUCAACCAUGAAAGAACAACAUGUCAUUCAUGUUCUUGAAUCAUUGGUGUACAAAGUGUGCUACAUUAUUCAAAUCCAGGGCUACACUGAAUUCUCGAGCAUUAAAAAGCACUUUGAGUGGGUUUGGUGGUAGAACCUGGAAUAUUUUCUUUCUGGAAUAUCUCAUUAUCAUCGUAAAGCUUACAUACAUGUAUUGAAAUGUGAAGCCUUGCUGACAUGGAUGUUUUUGUUCAUGUAAUCAUGAUAGGGCCGAGGAGGAACCAAGACUCUGAUGAACACUAUCAUGCAGCUAAGAAAGAUUUGUAAUCACCCUUUCCUCUUUCAGCAUAUUGAGGUAAGCAUGCGUCUGAUACACCAGUACUUUGUUUUUACUCAAAUUUAGCUCUGAAUCAAUUCUUUAACCCUUAUCACCCUAACAUCAGUAUUGAUUUUCCCCAGACUCUUCUUUAUACAUUUUCAAUCAAAGCUUCUUAAGUGAUAAUCUCCUUUAUUCUCUUGAUCCUUAAUGCAUGAUUCAGCUGUAUUUCUGUAAGGAGAAAUAAGAUGCUGGUCACUCUUAGUUUCAACUCAGUUGCAAGUUUCUCUCCUCUAGUUCUGGGGCAACACCUGUUUACUUUGUCUUCAUGUCUCCUUGAAUUUCUUUCUUAAAUUGAUUUUUGCUUUUGCAGGAAUCCAUGGCAGAACAUCUUGGCUUUCCAAGUGGAAUUGUUCAAGGGUGAUUAUUUCUUGAGCAAUUUUCCUUCUAUAUUCAGUUCCUUCCACUUUAUACUGUAAACGGAAUAUAUAGUUGACAAUGUUUUGCUAAAGUUGUCCCUCUGUUCUAACAGCCCUGAUGUUGUAAGAGUGUCUGGCAAGUUUGAUCUUCUGGACAGAAUUUUGCCAAAGCUCAAAAGGAAAAACCACAGGUAUAUGUCUUUUGUAGUUUUCUUCUAUCAAGGGGUUAACAUACAAUAUACACAUGGCAUGAUCUACAUGUUAUGGCUUUUUCCUGCAAAAAAACAAAACAAAACAGCAAACAUGCCCUACCUCUAGCUCUUUCCCUUUAUUAAUUCCUAGCUCUUUCCCUUUAUUAAUUGCACGUUUUUGCCCUCAAAUUUCAGCUAAGUAUCAGACAGCAUUGAUGCUGGACUUGUAUGAUGUACAGUUGUACUUCAUGUCUAAAACACAAUUUACUUUAAAACUACAGAUUUGAAAUUUUUGUAAAUAUUAGCUUGGUAGGCCAUGUAUGGGUUAAGAAGAGGCUUCUUCCAUAGUUUUAUGUGACCAUUUUCUUCACAUAUUGCAAUUUAUUUUUGUGUCAAAAAGGCUUAGAAGUCUUAAUAUCAAUUUUGUUGAUUUAUAUGUCACUUACACUUGUGUCUAUUGCUCCCUUGUAGGGUGUUGUUGUUUUCACAAAUGACCCAGCUGAUGACAAUUCUUGAGGAUUAUUUCAAUUGGAAAGGUACAUGUACCUGUUGCUGAAUGGUAUAGUGGAAACUGAUGCUAGUCUGUUAUAGAAAAAGUCAGAACUUAAUUAAAAAGACCCACAAGAUUCCUUCUCCACCAAUUUCCUCUGAACGUCGAUACAUUGCUUAGCAGAAAAGCAACGAGAAGAAAGAAAAAUAUUGACGAUGGAGACACAGCUGUACAGCUGUAGUUUGAUUUGUUACAAGAUUUAGAGUUAAAUUUUUGAGUAUUGUAUGGUAGACCUUGCAGAGAUUGGCCUUGUAUAUUAUGUUCAACGUUUUUCUCUAAAUUUUCUUAACUUGUUAAGGAUUCCCUUACCUCCGCUUGGACGGUACAACUAAAAGUGAGGACAGAGGUCAGCUGCUGUCCCUGUUUAAUGCCAAGGACUCACCUUACUUCAUUUUCUUGCUGAGUACACGGGCAGGAGGACUGGGGCUGAACUUGCAAGCUGCUGACACAGUGGUGAUUUUUGACAGUGACUGGAACCCACACCAGGUUUGUUGCUGCUAAAAUCACCCUUAAAAUAGAAUUUAAAGUUACUGUGGUUUUUUUCAGACCUAGUUAUUUUAGUGCGUAAUUGAAUGGUUUGCGACAAGCCUGCUGAACAGGGAUAAACUUUGCAUUUUCAGUUGAGCGGAUGUAACUGCAAGGGAGGGGGGAGGAAACACGCUUGAGAGGAGGAGCCCCGUGCGUCAAUUUUGUGUGUUUUAUCUCUCAUGCAUGGCUUGCCCUUCGCGUUCGCCUCGCGGUCUCUUCGCGUCGUCUUGCGUUAGCCUAAAAUGCUGUCUUAUAUUCGCAGAAAUGCUGUCUUAUAUUCUGUCACUGAACUACCAACUUGAGUUGGGUAAGGUAACGAAUCCGGAUUCGUUACCUUGCCCCUUGAGUCACAUAUAUUUACAAGGACAAUCUGGUGGAAGGAUUACGAAAAUAAACUAACGCUAAACGCUUCGCGACAAAACCACGUAAUGUCACCAACAUCGGAAUCCUUCCUUUAUUAUAAAUCUAACACAGCAUUCAAAGUUAACAAAGGGUAAAACAGAAGACCACUUCAUACGUAUUUCGCGCGCGUUUUUUUUAGUGCGUUUGAAAAAAUUGCACACGUGUGCGCUUUUUUUUUAACGCGCUUUUUGCGUGCAUUUAGGGACAAGUACCUCUGAGCUGUACUGUAGAUUACAAUGGACUAUCAUUGGAUUUUUUUUUUUUAACAAAUCUGGCCAAUCUUUUUAUUCGCCUCUCUGCCGUCAAGAAGUCGUAAUGAAUAUAUUUGAACUUUCCGACUAUUUUCUUGUUCUAGGAUCUCCAAGCUCAGGAUCGUGCUCAUCGUAUUGGCCAGAAGAACGAAGUUCGUGUUCUGAGGCUCAUGACAGUGAACAGUGUUGAAGAGAAGAUCCUUGCUGCAGCAAGAUAUAAGCUUAAUGUUGAUGAAAAGGUCAGUUUUAAAUCAACACAUCAUUUUACACUCAACUGAGUUCACUGCAGGUCAGUUGGCGGGGCAGUGAACAAUAAAAUUGGACCUGGCUGCUUUUGGAAUCCUCAGAUAUUUCUUUUUCCCAUGCACGAAGAAAAUAUUCAGAAAACAUCUUUCUUUUGGCAUGAUUCUAUUAUUUAAAAUUAACCUAUAGAGUAACAUCAGGAAUGGAAUGGAUAUUGAAUUGCUUCUUGUGUUUUUGUUGUUGUUUUUUUUUGCAUAGGUUAUUCAAGCUGGCAUGUUUAAUCAGAACUCCACAUCAAGUGAACGAAGAGCUUUUCUGAUGGCCAUUCUCGACACAGAGAAUGACGAGGAUGAGGUAAUGUACCCAUUCUGCAUGUUCAUGCUUUGCAGAAAGAAUUGCCUUGAAGUGGAAUUGGCUUUGUUUGCCAAGUUUUAUAGAGUAGCGGCAGUAGAAAAUUGCCGAAUUCAGCGAGCAUUUUUUAAAAAUAAUUAUGAAUUUGUGAAAGUAGCAACACAAUGCAACAAAGCAAGUUUGGAAUUGAAUUCACAUAAACUUUUAUUUUUGUUUCUUAGACUUCAUUGGUAGGCAACCAAAUCAGCGGGCUGCAAAGACAAACAGAAGUAUGAGAAGCUCCACAAAAACUAAUUAUAUUUUGGUAGUCUGCCCAGAAUUCAAACAUGGCUAGCCGAUAUUUUCAGUGUUAGCUUUACCUGUGAUGGCCUUCUGAAACAAUUGUGGCAACCAUGAACGUCUCUUGCAGUCAAAAGCAAUCAGCCCCCCUUCCCCCAUCCCUUUACAAACAAACCAAAGUUCAGAAUCGUUAAUUUUAUUUGAAAUUGUAGGAGGAAAGUGAGGUGCCUGAUGAUGAAACCAUCAAUCAAAUGAUUGCUAGGACAGAAGAAGAGUUUGAGUUGUAUCAGGUAGGAUCAGUUUGUUUUACACUUCAUGAUUGACUAAAGCAGAAUUUCUCCUUACAAUAUCAAUAAAAUACCAAGAAAACAAGAGGUGAGAAUAAAGAGAAGUAACAAUUGGUGUAUAAAUACUUGAUCCAAUACCAAAUUCUCAGAACUCACAUCAUAGGAAUUGUUUCGCAGACAGUAAGAAGAAUCCGUUAUGAGAUAUUGGGAGUGAAAACGUUGACAACAUGGGUGUUUAUUUUUAUCUUUUUUUCUGUUUCUAUCUUACAGCGUAUGGACAUGGAAAGGCGAAGACAGGAAGUUAGAGUGAGUAACUUUUAUUGUUUAUUAUCUAGGUCCUGAUUUUGCAGGAGAAUAAAGAAUGACUUAGAAGGGCUCACUUUUUAUCAUAAUGAAUAAAUAAAUAAAUAGAUAGAUAAAAAGAGUUAAGAUCUCUUUUGAAGAAGAUGGCAUUCGUUACGUGGAGCAGUUUGUAACAAUAAAAAUGAACAAUAGCAAGGAAGGGGAUACACUGUUUAUGUCUCCAUACGCAGCCCAACAGCAUUGAAGUACAGAGAUUAAAUGAUGAGUCUGCCAAGUCUCUGUGUGAGCUCUAGCCAGCGUCUCACAUUUUGUGUAAUUAGGAAAGACACUCUGCCCUCAAUGACAGUAUAGACUCCAUCAUGUAUGGACCACCCUCGAUCCCCUAACGCUGGGACUACCCUAGUCGUCUCCUUUGCAGUUGUUGUUUUGUCUCGUCUCGCAACACGUGACGAGAUCAAACGCCAGCUGCGGAGUUAACCACCUUUUUUUUUUUUUCCCCUCCCCUCCCCUCUCUCCCGCAGUAGCAGUGUUAACUUUCACCCAACCACAAGCUUUCUGAGUUAUCCAAAAUGUAACUCAGCCUCUAUUUGUUUUGAUCGUCUCAUCAGGAAGCAGGUUCACUUCGUCGUCGCCCUCGACUGAUGCAAACGAAUGAGCUGCCUCGCUGGAUUGUCAAAGAUGACGCUGAGGUGAGAGCUUAGUAGAAACAUGUUAUGAAUUCUUUGAUACGUCAUUGAGCGCUUUUUGAUUGAGUGACGUAAGCCAAGCCAAAGCAAUGACAACGGCCAAUCAGAACUCACAGUAAAAACAAAUAAACUGUGGAAAGCGCGGGAAAACGCAGGGGACCAAGUCACAAUUGGUUUCAGUUUUGCAUCUGAUUGGUCAAGAGAAUGGCGAGAGUGGUCUGGACCAGUCACAGCCCGAAGUAAAGCAAAGACCAAUGCAAUCCCGGAUUACUUUUGACGCUCAAUUAAAAAUUGCUCGAUGAGAUAAUUCAUUGUGUCGAGUUAAUCGUACUGAAGUUCUCUUACAUUAUGAACGUGAAAUCUGAAGUAAUUUUUGUAAUAUCCCUCAGCGCACUGCUAGAACCUGGCAGAAGUUCUCCAUGCAUGUCAGGCGUACGAUGUGUGCGAUAGUAACCCAAGGUCUCACUGACACCAACAGAAAACCAAAAUUCGAUGAUUGGUGUUUGACAACAAUAGACCCUGGUACACAAAAUAUAAUUUUCACAGAAAUAGAUUUUUAACCGUUAUUAUAGAGGUGUCUUUGAUUGUAUAAGGAUAAUGGAAAUUUGUAACAUUGGUACAUGAACCUACUUUUUCUGUUGAACAGGUGGAACGCUUGACUUGGGAGGAAGAAAGCGAGAAGAUUUUUGGACGUGGGUCACGUGUCCGUAAAGAUGUUGUUUACUGUGAGCAUCUGACAGAAAGACAAUGGCUGAAGGUAUUCAAAGCAUAAAAAAGAAUCAAUAGAUACUGGGAGAGGUUCCACGGGGUAGGGGGGCGGGUAACAUGCAAAUACAAUGGACUAACAUCUCAUUUAGGGAGGAGUAGCAAACCUCUUGGUGGCCUGAUGCCACAGAAACUGGUAUGAGAUCCGGUGGUGCGAGCCAAAGGUUUUAUGGCCGACUACUUGGCUUAAAACAGGAUGCAAUUAUUUAUUGUUUGAUUUGUUUGAUUGUAGGCCAUAGAAGACGGAAGGCUGGAUGAGGUGGAAGAAAAACAAAAAGUGAAGAAGUUAUCCAAGAAACGAAAACAUGAUCCUGGGGAAGAAGGAGACGUGCCAAAGGUAAGAAUAUUGAACGUAGAGCUUCAUGAUGUAAGUUUCUAAAGAAACUGUGGUACUGCGUCGAUGAGAGAGUGUAAUAGGGUAAUUGAGUAUUAUCAACUGAGUUGAUAACGUAAAUUGGCCACCGUAAAGAGUUUCAAAGCUGACGUUUCGAGCGUUAGCCCUUCGUCAGAACGAAUAGCGAAGGGCUAACACUCGAACAUCAACUCAGUUGAUAAUACUCAAUUGCCCUUUCCUGACAUGUUAGAAUCCUUUUGUCUUUUUCACUGAACUUAAUCAUAAUUUGAACAGGUUCUUGGUUUGCUGUUGGACUGGAUAAUUGCCAGAUACUGAAUUUGUGCUUUUCACAAAACUAGCGUAGGUUCAUCAGAUGAUAUUUCUUAAACUUGUUCAAAUCUGAUCAGAAUUUUACAAAGUUAAUACGGUUUUAUUCGUCUUCUCUAGAUAAAGAAGAAACGAGGACGCCCACCAGCUGGUAUGAUAAUAACUUUUCCCGACUUCUAUCACUUUUGGUGCCCUGCAACUUACGAUUGUGUUCUCUUUACAGUUAAACUUGCACCCAAUCCCCCGGAGCUAACAAAACAGAUGAAGAAACUGAUGAAGUACAUUGUGAGAUAUGUGGAUGAGUAAGUAUGAGAUAAUAUGAUGCUCAGUUAACAGGAUCGAAUACUGAAAGUUCUGCUUAUUAACGCUUUACACCCUACCCAUGUUCCCCGUUCUGUUCUCUAUGUAUUUUCUAAGAUGUUGAUUGGAAGAAAUUGUGUAACAAUCAAGAGUUUCUUUAGUUGGUGAUCUUAUCCUUUAUUCUCAUGAUCUAAACGUUUGAUUUAAGGUGUGAUAUUGUAAGGAGAAACUAGUUGCUUAUCACUCUUGAAUUUUCUUGGUCAUUCUCAGUUCCACUUCUCGCAACCUGGCUGAAAUAUUCAUGGUUCUACCAACGCGCAAAGAACUCCCAGACUACUAUCAGAUAAUUAAGCAGCCUGUGGACAUCAGAAAGAUUCGGGUAAGAUUCUUUCAGUGUUUUAAUUGCACUGGUUUAACAGACCAUUUCAGAGAUUUCGAUAGCGUCAGUCUCAAAAUGAGGUUAAGGUCAAAGCCACUGAUGUAAAAAAAGGUUUCGGAUUUUUUUUCUCUUCCUCAUGGACUCGUUUUAGCAAAAACAGCUUUGCACUUGCCCUCCAUUUUGACACUGAGUUUUCGGAACUGAAAGAUGGGGUUUUUCCAGUUUUUGGGCAAACAGACUGGACUUUUUAAGGAGGAACUUACCAUUUCGUUCUGUUUUGAACCUCCAGAGGAAAUUCGUUUGAUGAAGAGAACUUCUCUACUACCAAAAAAAAAUUUUCUUUUGGUAGUACCACGUGCUAAUGCUUUCUUUUUUAUUUAUUUGUUCUUUUUUAGGAGAGAAUCAACUCGCACAAGUAUCGCACCUUAGAUGACCUGGAAGAAGAUUUCUCUCUCAUGUGCAAGAAUGCUCAGACGUAUAACAUAGAGGGCUCUAUUGUAUGUUUUAGCUAUUGAUUACUUAUACAAAUUUAUUUCGUCUUGACUGAGAUGCUAGACAUAUCACAACCGACUCAGUAGCUUGCGAGCAGGUCCUCAUUAGGCGCGUCUCUCCGCACUCGGGAAGAUUUGAGAAGAGUCGGGUAGGGAUUUGUUGGGAGUCUGGCACUAAUAACUCAUAAUCAGUGUCAGACCCCUUGCAGACCUCUAUCUUGCCCGAAUGGUAAAGGCCGAAGAAACGCUUGUGUCGAAACGCUAAUGAGGGCUACCGACUGACUAGCUAUUCACGUAGUGGGGAUAGUAAUGGUAACGAUAUUUCUUGUUGUUCUUUCGAUUUCAGAUCUAUGAAGAUUCCAUAAAGCUGCAGGUAUGUCACGACGCCUUUAAUUUUCAAGUAGAAGUGUAUCUGUUUUCUGUUGUCUCGAAUGCUUAACAAUUGGUUCAUGCGUCAGCGUGCGUUCAUCGAGAUAUAAAGCACUUGGGAAGUUUUGAGAGCACGAAAGAUGCGUAAGAGUUGCUCGAGGCUAGCCUCGAGCAACUCUAGCUUCUUGAGUGCUCUCCAAACUUCCCAAGUGCUUCAUAUCUUGAUGAACACACAGCUGACGUAUGAACCAACUGUUUUAUAACAUUUUCAACCCGAUGGAAAAUUUUUUUCUGGAGGGAUUUGUUUGCUGACGUCAUGAGCAUGCACAAUAGGAAUAUGAAGCACGCUCGCGCAAUUGAAUUUGAUUAGACAAAUUUACUAGCUAUGUUAUAAAAGCCAUUGAAAAGUACUUUCUUUUCCCGUUCAAAAUUAUAUUUCAUAAACGAAGGCCUGUUUGCGAGGAGUAGCAAGAUUUUUAAAGAAAUCAGCAAUGUGACUAAACAUUCAUUUUCUUUUUUCAAGCUUGUGAAUUCCCUUUUCCCGCCACAGUUUGCGCAGAAAAUGCGAAACCAGAUAUUAAAUUUAAACAUCGAAAGAUUCCUUCAUGAAAGUAGCAAGUCCUAGCGUGUAAUAUAUUUUUCUUUUUAGUCUAUUUUCACGCAUGCUCGACAAAAGAUACAGGGUGGUGAGGACUUACAGCUGGCGCAUUCAUCUGCUGCGGAACCGGAAGUGGAAAGUGAGAAAGAAGCAAGUGAAGGAGAGGAAGAUGACGAUGUUAAUGAUUCGGUAAGAAAAACAGCAUUUAAAGAGGAUGGGAAGGGCUUUUGCUAGAUUUGGGCGGAAUAUGGAAUUUUAGGAUGCGGCAAAGCUGAUAAAGUGCUAACAUAUUCGCAGAUACUAAUGCCAUGUGUCUCUGUGUCCUUGCGGACUGUCUAAAAUCUAACCGCCCGAACAAACAUUUAGCUGUAUCUCUGCAAACAACCAGGACUUCGCCACGCGCGUUUUCCCGCGCUUGACGUGUGUUCCCCUGUAUUUCGUGAAUUCCUAUUGGCUCCAUUCUGAUAUCCAUUUUCGUUGACAUUGGCUGUUGCGACUCAUUUGAUUUGGUUCUGCGACACUCCACUGGAAAGCCUCUACCAAGCUAAUAAAUGUGAGUGUUCUCCCCUAAGUUCCCUUGCCGGUAAACACAUAAAAAGAAAAUCCAACAUUUGACUUGAAUUUGCGAUUUCAAGAUGCCAAGUUUCUUUUUAAUUCAUUUCAUCGUCGUGGCUUUCUGAAUACUAGUGUUGUAACCUAACUUAUUCUGUUAUUUUUUUAUUUUUGGCUUUGUAGUGUUCUCUCCUAAUUUUUGUGAUUUUUGUUCCUGUUUCAGGAUGGUGACGAGGCAGAGUCUGUUGGUUCAGACAUUGAAGGUCAAAAUCUAAAUUCUCCUAGCGCUUUCUAAUACUUAUCCCUUUAAUUUUUUAGUGAGAAAGGUUUUUUCAAUCAAAUAAUCAUUUCUCUGUCCAUGGUCACUGCAUGGUAUUUAAACUACGGAUAAGCAUUGGGUGUUAUGGGUCACAUGGCCUCAAAGACUUCACCUACCCCUCCCUUCUUUACAAAUGUUUUUGUAUGGUCUUUUUAGGUGGAAACAGCCAAUCUUCUUUGAAGAUGCGCAUUAAACUUGGCAAGCAGUCGGUGGAAAAAGCCAAGGUUGAUCUCAGUGGCGUUGUAAGUUAGGAUUUGUUUUGCUCAAUUCCUGUUGUAAGGUGAAAUCUCUUGAAUUCUAUUAAGAGUGCAAGAGGCCUGUCUUGCAAUCUUGAAACUUUCUCCUCUCUCACGAUCUUUUAGCCUUUUGUUUCGCAAUCUAGCCUCCGCGAAUGGGAAAUUUUUUAUCGAGAAAACAGACAGUGUUCUGAAAUGACCCCUUUUCGUGUUUCAUUUAACUUUUUCAGAAGAAAAAGCGCCGAGGGCGUCCACCUCGAAUUAAUCCACCUCCAAAUCGACAGGAACCGAGUGACAACGAACUUGAGUCGUACCCACCUUCGGAGAAAGGCUAUAGCAGUGAAGGAGUGAGUGAAAUGUUUUUUGCUCCGUUUUGAUCAGAUACCUCUCUCAAGUAUUUCAUUUUUAGUCCUUAUGUAGUCGUCCAAUUCUUAACUCUCUACGUUCCUUUUGGGUAUACUCCUAUUUGCUUUCUGUUCAUCCUCCCUAGCUGAAUAUCAGUUUUAGAAAUGUACUUCUCUUACUUAAAAUACCAUUAGGCAAGUCAGGUGAUACGAAAUUGUCCUCAACACUCGAAAUAAUUUCCCGGUCUGCGCCGGUCAAGUUGUCUGGUCAAACCUAUUUUUGCUCAACACGACUCAGUUGCAAAUUCUCGUCUUUCCCCAUUCCCUUUGUAAAAAAAGUACAUUUACCACGCUUUCCUUGUACCUGUAGGAUACGCACUGUCUCCCUUACGUCUAUGUCCAUUUUAGCUCAAAGACUUGGAUGUUAAAUCAAGUAAUAUCUAUUAGUUGAUUUUUUUUCUUUUUCCUGUCACCCUCGUGCUUGAAAGUGUAUCGUAUAUCCAUUGGGUAACUUACGUUGUAACAUUACCUUUUAACCCUCGACACCUUAAUAGUGAUAAGCAUCUCAUUUCUCCUUGCUGUAUCACCCCUGAAUCACACAUUAAGGUUACGAGAAUAAAGAAAAUGAUCACUAAACUAAGAAUUUCUUAAUUGUUAAACAAAUUCUCCUCGUCAGCACCUUAGGAAAUGUAUAGAAAACAGUAUGGAGAAUAUACAUACUGAUUUUAGGGUGUAAAGGGUUAACAGGUGCGUGAAAUUUAACAUUGCUCUCUUCCUCAACAGGAGGGUUCUGAUCGCGAAGACUACCCUGGCUCGUCACAAGAGAUGGCUGCUUCUCCUUCACAGAAGAAACGUUCAUAAAAACAAACUUUCCUGACUAAUGUCUCUGAUUAUUAAUUUCUUUAUUUUGGCUCGAAGUGGAUUCUAACGUAUGGAGUUAUUCUAGGGAGAACUCUACUUAUAGAAGGCUUUGUAGUGGUAGACAGUAUUAGCCGUAAAGAAACUAAAGGGAAUUCAGCCACAAGAUCACCAAAAGACCCUAUAUCUAACAUUCCCUUGUCUGGUGGACUUGAGUUCUGUUUCACUAAUAUUAAAUGAACUUGUAUUUAGCUCUUGUAAAAGACAGAGGUUAAUUGAGGAAACAAACACUGGUUUUGUUUGGUGUCAUAAGGACAUCCUUGCGAAGUGUUUUAUUAACAUAUCCAACUUCCAUCGAAGUGUUAAGCAAAUGAGGGUUUACCUGUUGCUGAACGCUUGUAGCACCAAUCCUUUUGCAAGUAUU